UCGAGUCUUACUCUUAAAGUCUUUACCAUGUUUACAUUGUGUUAUCUUUGUGUAAAGGGGGUAGUCAAACCACAUGGAAAGUAAGAUAACAGUUUGAUAUUCUCUUUAUUGCCCUCACGACAUUUUAUGUUUGCGCGCUAUUUCGGGUCACAUAGAAUGGCGGGUAGAGGGGCACUGGUCGUGUUAGAGGGAUGUGACCACAGUGGAAAAACAACGCAAUGUAAACGACUGUUGGAAUGUUUACGACAAAAGAAUAUACCCGUCCAGCCAUUUCGAUUUCCAGACAGAACUACUGCUAUUGGUCAAAUGAUUAAUGGUUACCUUGGAAACAAACAGGAAAUUGAGGACCAUGCUGUUCAUUUGCUGUUUUCAGCCAAUCGAUGGGAGCUAGUUCCCAAGAUGAAGAAGCUCCUGGAGUCUGGCACCACUCUGAUUGUAGACAGAUACGCUUUCUCAGGUGUCGCAUUUACUGCUGCCAAACAGGGUUUUACGAUUGACUGGUGUAAACAACCGGACCUUGGGUUGCCUCGUCCUGAUCUGGUUUUGUAUCUUAACCUGAGUCCCGAGGCCGCAGCCAAGCGGGGAACGUUCGGCAGUGAGAGAUACGAACAGACAGACUUCCAGGUCAAAGUGGCGAACAACUUCCAACAACUGAAGGAACCCUACUGGCAGGAAAUUGAUGCUGACAAAACAGAAGAUGAUUUAUCAGCUGAGCUGACAGACAUUGUUUUAAACCUCAUAUCCUGUAUGGGGGAGGCGCCUUUAAAGAAACUGUGGUGUGACUAAGACUCUAAAAGGACCAUAAGUCUGGAAAAUAAAAGACAGAAUAAGAUUUACCUCAUUUUAUAACCCACUAUGAGUUCAAAUAAUUUUUUUUUGUUCCAGUAUGCAUGAUUUGUUGUAGACUUCAGUUAUUAUGUUCCAAGAAAAUCAAGCAUUUAAUUUAAUUAAUAUUUAAUUGUAAAAUUGAUGGGAUUGCAAAGCAGGCUAAUACCCUGUAAAAAUUCCCCAUACUAUUUGAAUCCAAGAUCUCAAAAAGUUGAUAUUUGUAUCACAAAUCUAUACAAUAUUAAAAAUAUAUAUACAAUAUUAACUACACAAUCAUGUCUGUAAGGGACAUUAAAUUUCAUGAUCUUUCUAUUAGAUUUCUGCAAAAUUGUCCUCACGAUGAUGCAAGUUUUAAAAAUUGUAAAUCACUGCCUAAUAUCUACAAAGGGAUAUAUAUAUAUAUAUAUAUAUAUAUAUAUAUAUAUAUAUAUAUAUAUAUAUAUAUAUAUAUGUAUAUAUAUAUAAGCAUUGAAUUAUUAUUUUUUGAAAGAUGUGGUCUGAUAAUUGCAACGGUGUGUACAAACAAAUUGAGUAAUGCGCAUCAGGGCAUUAUGAAAAUUGGUUUGCACACACUGUUGCAGUUACAAGACUACGUCUUUCAUAAAAAAUAAUUCAGUGCUCAUAUUUACAUUUUUUAAGUCACUGCCUUAUCUGCAAAUGUUAUUUAUAUUCCAAAAUCCCUGUAUUAUUCUUCGGGUAAGUUAGAAUUAAUAGAAGAACCAUUCCAAUAGCAACUACCGUUAACGUUUAAUUGUUCUGUGUGAGCAUUGAUUUUUGCUUGUGACAUACAUUGCACUUGCAUAGCGUUCAGCGUUUGUGACGUAAUUCAAAAUAAAAUUCCCAACUUAA